AUGAGCAAUUCGGAAGAAGCAUUGCAAAGCUCAGCAGCUUCCAGCAGCGUUUUGCACGUCGAUGAGAAUGGCAAGCAUCGGCAAAGCCAGAGGAAAGUAAUGCGAAAGUCAGCACCUUUCACGACCUCUGAGCGACUGACGCACAUUCCGUCCGGCAAGCCUGUGCUGCUCAAACUUCCAUCGGGACAUCUCAAGUCAGUCGUGCUUCAAGCAGCAGCAGAAGGUGGUGUGAGAGGAGGCGACGAUCUCAUCUCUCUGGGCAAAUUUGGAGUGUUUCGAGGCUCCGAGAUCGUGGGAUUGCCUUUUGGACAUUCUUUCGAAAUCGUGGGCGGCGAUAAAGGGGGACCGAGCAGGUUGAAUGCUAAUGGUGGCGUGCUGGGCAAGAGGAAGGCUGGAGAUGAGGAGAAGGACCUCUUAGAUCAGAGCGAGGAGGAUGUACGAGAUGGCAGUGCUGGCCCGACUUUUGGCACGGAGCCGGUAGAGGGAGGCGGCGCGAAGGGCAGGCAGGGCAAAGCGUCCAAAGAAGCCGGACUUCCAACUCCCGGCCAGCUCAGGGUGGUCAUUGAAGCGCCAGGUGCAGAGGCGAUUGAGGAGACGGAUGCGACAAACGAGCUGUACGCGGAUGGCGAUCCAGACUCGGCGUAUGCUCAAACCGCGCAGCUAUUGACGACCAUCGAUAUCAGCGCGCUCAAGGAUGCGGGGGUGGACGGCAAGACCAUCAUACAGCAAGCCACGGAAGGCAACAUCAACUUUGCUCAGAAGACUGCAUUUUCACAGGCCAAAUAUCGUAAGAGAAAGGAAAGCAAACACAUGCGAAUCUUUACGCCGCUCGCACCAACACCCUCCAUCAUAGCAGCGCACAACGCCGAGCGCUCAGCAGAAAAGAUGCGAGGUCUGCGGGAAGACUCGAUAGCGCAGAUGUUGAGCUUUGCGAACGUCGCUGCUGGAGGCAGGUAUCUGAUCGUGGACGGGGUUGGAGGCGCAUUGACUGGUUCUGUGCUCGAGAGGCUGGGCGGCGAAGGCCGAGUGCUGGUCAUUGGAGAUAAUGAAUCGCCCCCUGCGUUUGAAUCGCUUGCUCAGCUGAAUUUGGAAGAGGAGCACCUAUCGAUACUGCGAAGCCUGCAUUGGGCAGCCACAGAGAUAGGAUGGGAGCCACAGAGCGAAAUUGAUGUGCAUGCAACUCACAAGCCGGCAGGCAAACCAGUCAAUGACCGGGACAGGCAGAGAUUGAGAAAGCGGCAGGGCCAGCACGAAGAGUAUCAAGAGACGCGGCAGGAGCUGCUGGAUGGCGACUGGGACGGACUUUUGGCAGCCUGCCCUUACGAGACGAUUUCUGUUCUGCAGCGAUUGAUUCCGCACUUGGGCGGCUCAGCAAGCAUUGCCGUACACAGUCCUUUUGUGCAGCCUCUCAUCGAGGCCUCUGCGAGAUUGAGGUACAUUCCAGAACUAAUCAACGUGCUCAUCACCGAGCCUUGUCUGAGAGAGUACCAAGUACUGCCUGGCCGGACGCAUCCUCAAAUGAUCCAAUCCUCCACUGCAGGCUACGUUCUCUCGUGA